AUGAGCGGCACAAUCGACACUCCUCCCCAGGACUACCCCCCAGAAAUCACCGGAUAUGCCGAGCCCUGGAUCGCCAGUCCCGGAGACGACGUCGCCAUCAAGGUGUCCUGCACGGAGCCCGAAUACUCGUACCGCACCGUGCGGGUGGUCCAGGGCGUGCAGGAAGAGCACUCGCCCGUGAAACACCUGGAAGCAAUCACGCAAAUCCCCACGGGCGUGGCGCCGGGACGGUUUCAAUACGCCCGCCCGGGCUCGUAUGCCAUCGUCAAGCGGCUGAGUCUGCCGUCGGCCGUGGACGGCGUGGAGGUGGCACUCUAUUUUCAAGCCCAUCUGCCCUCCAAGGCGGGUCACAAGCAGGCCAUCAUUUCGAACCUGAAUGCCGAGACGAAGACCGGCCUCGCGGUGCUGAUCAACGAGACUGGCCUUGUUGAGGCCUGGAUCGGGACGGAAGCCAGUGUGGAAACUGUCCACACGGGAUUCAGCCCAGCACGACGACGCUGGAUCAAGCUGCUUAUCGUGAUCAAGGGAGCCGAAUGCACCAUUACGCUUGAGCCGGUGGUGUAUAUCAUGGAGAAGGCCCCUCCUGCGGCGACAAUACAGACCACGUUCGCGGCUCCAGUCGUCGCCGCCUCCACGCCAUUUUCCGACGACCUCCUGUUUGCCGCGACCUACGCGGACAGCCCAACCUCUGUCUUCCCCCGGGCGACACACUUUUUCAACGGCCGCAUCGACAGCCCGACGAUUUCCAUCCUCAAAGGCGCCGCCAAGCAAGUCAUCGCGAGAUACGACUUCUCCCGCAACAUCUCGGAAGACAGCAUCCUCGACGUCUCAGGCAACAACUUCCACGGCAUCCUGGUCAACGCGCCCACGCGCGCCGUCACCGGCCACGACUGGAACGGAGGCGAGUCGGACUGGACCAAAGCGAAGUACGGGUAUGGCGCGAUCCACUUCCACGAAGACGACCUCGAUGACGCGCUGUGGGAGACCGACUUCACCAUCAAGAUCCCGCCGGACGCGCGGUCAGGCAUCUAUUCGGUGGAAGUCAUCUCGACCAACGGCAAGACCUCUGACAUGAUCACUUUCAUCGUCCGCUCGACGCCGCAAACGACGGCGGCCACCGGUGCCAAGGUGGCGCUGGUGCUUUCGACGUUCACAUACCUCGCGUACGCCAACGAGCAGAUUUCGGAUCCGAACCGCUCGAGCUCGAUCGACGCCGGACCAGGCUUCGACCAUUCAGCCAUCCGACGGACAGAAGACUUCAACCGUCUCACGCGGCGUCGCGACGUGGGCUUGUCGAACUACGACGUCCACAACGACGACUCCGGCACGGUCUUCUCGUCUGCGAAGCGGCCGAUUUUGAACCUCAGGCCGGGAUACGUCAUGUGGGCGUUUGAACGGCCUCGCGAGCUCAGCGCCGAUUCCAUGAUGAUUGGGUUCCUGGAACGGCAGAAGAUCCCGUACGAUAUUGUGACGGACCAUGACCUGCAUUUCCACGGGGCUGCGGCGUUGGCUCCCUACCACACCGUCAUCACCGGGUCUCACCCCGAAUACCCCACGGUGGAAUCGUACAAUGCGUACGAAAACUUUGCCCGUCGAGGCGGUAACAUUAUGUAUCUCGGCGGCAACGGCUUCUAUUGGGUUUCUGCCCUGGACACCGCUCGGCCCUGGCGCCUGGAGGUCCGCCGCGGAGAUCAGGGCGUCCGCACGUAUACCUUGCCCGGUCCUGAGAGGAUCAUGAGUCUCAAUGGAACCCAGGGAGGGUUGUGGAAGAGCCGUGGCCGAUCUUCGCAUGGGCUUUUUGGCAUAUCCUUCUGCGCCGAGGGAGUCGGUCCUGGUGUCCCGUUCAAACGCACCGAGAAGAGCUUCGCCCCCGACUUCGAAUGGAUGUUCAAGGACAUCUCUCCCGAGGAGCUCAUUGGCGAGUUUGGCCUCGGGGGCGGGGCCAGCGGCGACGAAAUCGACUCGUUCGACCUCGCGUGCGGCAGUCCCACGAACGGGGUCGUCGUCGCCACCAGCACGGGCCACCCGGACGCGUUCGGCAUCGUGCCGGAAAUCACCAUGUUCCCGAUCACCAAGACGUUGGGCACGCAGACGGACGAGAUCCGCUCCGACAUUGUCUACUACGAGACGCACGCGGGCGGUGCUGUGUUCUCGGUCGGCAGCAUCAACUGGUACUGCUCGCUAGGCUGGGACGACUACCAGAACAACGUGGCGAAGCUGACAGAGAAUGUCAUUCGAGAGUUCUUGUCCAGAGCAGAGAGCGAGGGGGAGAAGGAGGUGGUCGUUAGCUCGUGA